UAAAUUGGACAUAAACGUAGUGAUUCCAUUCUCUUUGGUGGACAUCUGUCCAAGUAAAUAAAAGAAUUAGAUUUUCUCUUUUUACCGUUGGUAUAAUACAAAAAACAAUGCUGUAACAAACGUCUUUUAAACUAACAUUAAUUUUGUGACUCAACAGUUUUGCAGUGCAAAGUUUUGUUAAGCUAUUUUAAUUUGUUAUAAGUUAUGGAUCAAGAGAAGCCAGGGUGCAGUGUAAAUCAUGGAAAACGGACUCGACCUUUGUUACUGCAACCAAGUCCCAAGAUUGCGAGAAUAUCAGCCUAUGCAAGUUCAACGUCUAGCUCUGUGCUUAAAAAUUCAAAAAAAUUAGGUCCUAAUUCGCCUAGGAAGACUAAAUUGUCUUAUAACAAAAGUGACGUACCAGCACUAGGGACACCUGUUCCCGACUAUCAUGUUCGAAAGGCUGGUCCUUAUUUGUUAGGCCCCAAACUGGGGCCUAGUCCUGUUAAAAGUAUAGUUCAGUGUUUAGCACGUAAAGAAAAGACUGAUGAUUAUUACCAAAUAAAAAUCUUGACUCUUCGUAAUGAAGGACAAGUUGAAACGCAAGAUGAUAGACAAGGGAAGAUGCUUUUACAUACGGAGUAUUCAUUAUUAUCACUUCUUAAGGAUCAGGAUGGUGUUAUUCAUCACCAUGGGCUAUUUAAGGAUCAUGCCUUAGAUGAAGUACCAAAUCCAAAUGGCCCAGGAUUUGUUUACACGGGUCGAGUUCGACAAAGACUUUUUUUAGUAUUAGACAGUGUUAAUGCACAUCAGUUUAGCGAGAAAGGCAGUGAACUUAUCAAUCUUCAACAGUAUGUUACGAAAGUGAAAAAAGUACCAGAGAAAGAAGCCAUAUUAAUAUUCUAUGAUAUAGUCAGGGUUGUAGCUAAUUUGCAUAAGAGAAACAUAGUGCACAGAGACUUAAAACUUGGCAAUAUAGUGUUGAAUCAGCGAACAGGGCGAGUAGUUAUAACAAAUUUCUGUCUUGGAACACAUUUAGGCAGUGACAGGGAUCUUUUGAAAGACCAAAGAGGUUCCCCAGCAUACAUAUCACCAGAUGUUUUGAUGUGUAAACCUUACCUCGGUAAACCAUCUGACAUGUGGGCUCUCGGCGUGGUCCUAUACACUAUGUUAUAUGGCCAAUUUCCAUUCUGCGAUACGAGUCUGGCGCAGUUGUUUAGUCGCAUACAAGCUGCAAAUUAUAAUAUACCACCGGACGGCAACUCUGUACAAGUGUCUGACAACACAGUAUUUUUAAUUCAAAGGCUGCUUGUCAAAGAUCCUAAACACAGACUAUUAGCAGAUCAGGUUUUAGACCAAUUGUCAAGUAUAAUAGCGAGCUACGUUGUUAUACCGAAUCCACCUGAAGAUUUACAAGUUGUACCUGACAUUCCACUGGACGAAGAGAAAGAGAAACCUGCGAAUGGUGGAUCGAGUGAAAUAGAUAGAAAACCAUUCCUAACAAUACCGGAGAGUGGGGAGAGAACGCCUAAUUCUAAUGACGAGCUUGGAGUGUUCUGCGUACCCCUUCCCGACUUCCUAGCUCUAAACUUUCCAUCGCCGACCAGAGUGACGCAAAGCAGUAUACUCGUCCAUCCGACGACACCAGUUGAAUCGACCAAUCAGACGCAACGGCAAAUAACCGUGCAGAGAAUUGGUCGAGACGCAAGACCGUUACUUCCAUGCGAAAUAGCAAGAUACCAGCACAUGUUCACACCGAAUCAACGUCCAGAAGCUUCUAGAAGAUCCGAAGUUCAGAACUUCGUUCCGGAAACGAGGAGCGAUCGUCCGGAAAGUUCUAGAUUAAGAACGUUAGCUCAGAGGAUACCUAGAUUGAAUGCAGUAGCGUCAACGUCUAAUCCAGAUUUCAGAGUUAUACCCUGGUCUGAGAGAUCUAGACUGCAGAUGGAUAGAUUAGACCAGGAUUACGUUUUAAGAUUGCCUGUUCUAGAUAUUUCUAGAAUGCCUAGUAAUAGAAUUAUGAAUCCAGCCCCGAUACAUACAGUGAAUCCUGAAGCAGUUGUAAAUAAUCCAAGACCACCUGCGGACAAUUCAGAACUUGAGUAUAAUUGAAAUAAUAAACAAUCACAAUAUA